ACGAAAUGGUUGAAACUACAGCAGCUGGACCUGAGACGGAGACGACGGAGGAAAAUGACAGAGGAGUUUGGGAAAGAAGGACCGAUCCGUAGUAUUUUUCUUUCGGAAUUUCACCAUAUUGUUGGACCCAAAAUUGUGUACCAAUACCCCGAAAAUUAUGUUUCAAAGGAGGUGUUUGAUGCUAUUUCUGUGUACAUCAUACCCAAACCACAGAUUCUUAAAAGAAUUAUAACAGUCAAUGUGCUUGGUGUUAAGGUCACGGGAUAUCCAAAUGAAAUUAAAAAUUUUAAGUAUGCAAGAAAUGCUUUAAUAUUCAACCUGUGUUUUGUGUGCGACUCAACGGCACGGACAGUUCACUACGAACCGGCUGUAAAGAAACUUUCUGAAUAUUUAGAAAAUUUAGAGCUAGAAAAUGGAUUCCUUUCAACCGAAGAGAGUCGAGAGCAGAUGCCAGGUAUUCUUCAACACAUUUUGGAGGAACUCAAUGACACGGGAAGAUGCACGGUGACAAUUACUCUUAGUGAGCCGAAACCGAAUUUAAAUGAAAAUAUAGAACGCAAAACUGGAGAAAAAGGAGAACGCAGACCAAGUCUUUAUAGUGAGAGACGACAUCAGUUGCCUGAAGGGAAGAUCACUUAUGAUGGGCACGAGAGGAGGUUAAGCUUGUUCAGUGACCAGCGACAAGUGGACUCCAUCUUCAGAGGAAUUCGAAAGCCAUCAGAGUCAGAGACGAAAAUCCGGCGCAAGUCAGUAGACUGUUCAACAACAUCUGUCCUUCAUUUGAAGGUUGUGGGUAUUUGGCCGGACCCGCCUCGGGUGCUGGACCACCACGUGCCGGUCCUCAUUUCGGAGCGGGUGUACAGUCGUGGUGAUCACUGGGACCUGACCACACAGCAAGUUCUACCCUAUAUAGAUGGAUUUUCUCACAUUGCCAAAAUAGCUGCUGCCGCAGAUGUUGAGAAUAACUUGGUGAAGGCAUGUGUAGAAAACCUGUUGUACUAUGAUCAAGUACAACUACUUCCAAUCUUCCAGUAUUCAAACAUAUACACAGUUACAUCUGGCAUCCAGAAGCUGUAUGAGGAUCGAGAGCUCCAAGAGGAAUGCCAGCGUGCAGUCUGCAAAACCUUUUCCUCACGACCACAGCAGUCCCAUAUUUUGAUGCUUUACUGCAGCAUGACGUAUGGAGUAACAGUAAGAGACCUGUGUAUUCGAUUCAAUCCUCAAGCUCUUAAUAUAGACGAACGAAAAUUAAUUCAGUUUGGCUUGCAACACGAACUGAUCCGCCGUCUGCACUGCUAUCCUAUUUUACUGCCUUCAGGCGAUCCCCACUAUACUCCAACCAAACACAGUGUAAUCCAUACAAUGUGUAAUGGAGGACAUUCCUAUGAUGAAAUCUGUUGUAAGUUUGGACUAACAUUCAAAGAACUAAAUGACAAAAUAGAAAGGGAUCCAAAUAUCUUACUUUUAUGGAAAUGAAGUUCAUCUUCAAACAAACAAAUGCAAACAUCCACUUGCUACUCAUAUAUCAGGUAAAGAGUUGACCAGCUGUCACAAAUUGCUCUGGAAUAUAUGUGAGAUCUUUUGGUUAGAGAUGUUGUUAGGUCUUGUCACAUGUAUAGAUUAGCAAUCAUUAUAUUUAUAAGACUUAACUUUGUGUAAAUUUUUAAAUCAAUUUUUAAGUAUGAAGACAUAGGCUUCUCAUAAAUAUUAUUAUGAGAAAUAAUAAACUCAUAACCAGCGUGUUAUGAUAAAUGCAGUAAAAUG